AUGAAGCGUGCGGCUCUACCGGGAGCGAAAUCAAAAGCGCCAGGGCACCUUGGGCCACGCCGGCGAAGGCGUUCAACCAAGGAACGGGUGAUGACUGGCCAAAGUCUGUCGCAAGUAUCGCCCUCUCCUUUCCACAUUCCCACCCACUUAUUUCACAUCCCCAUGCUUCCUCGCUGGCGGCCAAAUUGCUCGCUCGUCCUGCACAUAUUCCCCAUACUCAAGCUCCAACUCCCCUGGUCUAUUAGUGCCCAUGCAAAAGCUCAGGCUGAUGCACAUGCCGAUCGGGCCCAUUGGAGGUGGCGCGCAGUCCGAGAGACCGGGUCGGACCCACAGAACCCCGGAGAGACGAGAGAAGAGACUUUUCUACCCGAAGAGAAGAAAGGUCUCAGGGGUCUGUCAAUUGUUGGGGCGUGA